UACUCUCUAGCUUUAGGGCUCGCUCGUCUUCGUGAUCCUUGGUAUCUCCUCGAUCGAGAACUGCGAUCUCCAAGCUCGAUCUUUCCUCUCGAAAUAAGUUGAUCCUGAUCUUCUCCAACAUGACAGAGUAUUGGGUUAGUCAAGGAAACAAAUGGUGUGAUUUCUGCAAGAUAUAUAUUGCUAACAAUCCAUUGAGCAUCAGAACUCAUGAACUGGGUCAGCGCCACAAGGACAAUGUUGCUAAGAGGCUUGCCACUAUGAGAAAGGAGAGUGCUGCCAAGGAGAAAGAACAAAAAGCAGCAGCUCGUGCCCUUAAGGAAAUAGAAGCAAAAGCGGAACGAAGUUACCAGAAGGAUCUAGUUUCUUUCCAGAGCGUUGAUACUAGCACUGGACUGGAUUCAAAUAAGAAAAAGACAGACGAAGCCCAAUGUUCAGCUGCAACUACAAAUGGAAAUGGAGCUGCUUCCAAAUCCAAAGGUGGCCCAGCUCCGGGGUUGGUCAUUUCAACACCUCUGAACCCCACGAGAGCUGUUAAAGGUAAACCAUCAUCAGUUGCUGUUAACAAGAGAAAAAGGGAUGAUGGGAAGGCAAAGGCGAUAUCAAAAGAGGAAGUCCAGGCUCUAAAAGCAAGGGAGGCUGCAAGGAAAAGAAUGGAAGAAAGGGAGAAACCAUUCAUGGGCCUAUAUAAGUCAUACUGAUCUGCUUGGAGGAAGCAAAACCUGUCAGUAGAUCAUUUGUUGCAUUAUUGAACUGUAUGUAAUAUUGUGCUUGUUCAAUUGGGAAUCCAAUUAUAACAUAUAAAACAAACAGAAGUCUUCCUCUCUACUGAUUAGAACAUUCAAAAGAGCUAGAGUUGGAUAUGUCUACUCUCUUUUCUAGGUAAAAUUGAAUGGUUUUUAGUGGAGACGUGUCUGUUUUUGCUUAAAUCAUAUUUUUAUUUCUCUGAUUAUUUGCCUAACUCUAAUA